AUGUCUAACCUUGUUGAGUUACAAAGAAACUUCAUUAUCAAUAUUUUAAAAGAAGUCCGCACAGAACACAAUAUCAAAUUCUUGGUGAUAGAUGAUGUUGUUGAUCAGCUAAUAGACUCUUUGUUUGCUGAUCGUAAUGACCUUUUAACAUAUGUGACGGCUGUUGAUAGAAUUGACUCUCCCAAACGGAAGGGCCAGUCGUCUGUCGAGGUGAUAUAUUUAUUGAAAGCAACAAAGUUCAACAUCAACUGUAUGGAUGCAGAUUUUGGGAAUCAUUCCAUAAAAUACAAAAGAGCACAUAUCCGAUUUCUUUCUGAGUUUCCUCGCAAUCUGGUCGACCAUUUCAAUAAACGCCGAUACCUUACCAGUAACGUUGCCGACUUGAAAGUAAUAAACUGCGCUUUUACACCAAAAGAAUAUCAAUAUUUUGAAACUCUCGGAAUUGAUAAACCUUUGCAAAUAUUUUACAAUCCAACUUGUAAAGACUUAGUAGAUAUUGGAAUUUACAAAACUGUUCAAAGUUUGCUCAAUGUUUGUAUCAUCACAGGUGAAUAUCCAAUAGUUAGAUAUUCGGAACCAACAGCAGAAGAAUAUGCGUUGAAUGAGGCAACAUUACUACCAAAGAGGGUGGCCAUGGCUUUUCAACAGGAAUUGGAUGACUAUGCUAGGGAUCACAAUGAUUUCCCUCCUGAAAACAGCAGACCAAGAGCAAUAAUGGUAAUAACGGAUAGAGUAUUGGAUCUUUUCAGUCCAGUACUCCACGAUUUUUCCUACCAAGCGCUUGCAUACGACAUUUCAAAAAACAUUGAUAGAAGAACUGAUACUUACUCUUAUAAGGUCGAAAACGAAACAGGAGUUAUGGAACCCAAGACUUCAAGACUUUCUGAUUUAUUGGACCCUGAUUGGGUGACUAUGAAACAUUUUCAUAUUGUGGACGCUAGUGAAUACCUUACCUCCAAGGUGAACGAGUUGAUAGCUAAAAACCCACUACUAGUGGAUCGUGCAAAUGUCAAAGAUACCUCCGAUUUGUUGAACGUUGUUGCCCAUUUAAAAGACUUUGAUGAGGAAAGAAGGCGUAUUGCAUUGCACAGAACACUACUUGACGAGUGUUUCGAACAUUCUAAAACCUGCAAGUUGGCAGAGCAUGCAGAAAUAGAGCAAAUACUUGCAGGUUAUGGUACCGAUUUUGAUGGUGAAAAAUGUAAGCACAUUAGUGAGAAACUUAUCGAGCACUUAUCUGACACAAGCAGUGCAGUGACCGACAGAGUUCGCUAUAUAAUUGAAUAUGCACUCUACAGAGGUGGUAUCAUUGAUUUCGACUUCAUAAAGCUAUUGGCAUUUAUAGGUGUUGACAAGAGCAACAGCUGGUUUAAACAUUUCAUGCAACUCUUCAAAAACUUUAAUUAUUUGGGUUUUAAAUUAGUGAAGGAUAAGCCUAAGGAUAAACCUUUCCAGAAAGAAUGGACUCAUGACACUAUUGUGAACGAUUCCACCAUCUAUCAAACGUCCAGAUAUAUACCUAGUGUUGGUAAUAUCUUGGGGAAGGUUAUCACAAAUCCUCUUUUGCUAAAGGAGGAACAAUUUCCAUAUGUGAAAGAUAAACCAAUCGAGUUAUUAGAAGCUGAUGUUGCUGACUCCCUGAAUACCAAAUCUACACAACCAACUUCAUUAAGAAAUCCCCGUCACAAAGCAGCUUGGGCUAAAACCACUACGCAACCAAAGGGAAAUAGGCAGCGCUUCUUUUAUUAUGUCAUUGGUGGUAUCACUUACUCAGAGAUAAAGGCUUGCUAUGAUCAAAGCAAACUCAACAAUAAGGAUGUAUUUGUCGGCAGUGACUCAAUUUGGACCCCACUACAGUUUAUGGCUAACGUUGAAGAUCUAACAAAACCCAGAGAAUUAUUGCGUUUACGAGAAGAUGCUCCUGUGAGAGAAGAACCCCCUGAAUUUCUAACAGCAUCAAACCCUCCAAUAGCCACAGCUCCCAAGCAUAUUCACACAGUGUCAAUAUCACAGCCUUCUCGCAAAGUCGAACGUGACACAACAAACAAGGAACCUGAAGUCGCAAAAAAGCAGAGUAAGCUCUCGAGAUUCUUGAAAAGAAAAUGA